CCUCUCGGUCUGUCCUUCCCUCCCUCCUUCCCUGGCGACUCCGAUCCGGGCCUCGGCGCUCCUGAUCGCAGUUUGCUUCUCGCCGCCGCCUCCGUUUGCAGCCGAGCAGAAACCCAGUUGGAGCUGGAGCGCAGUCCAGUUUGCGCUCCUCACCUGGAACGAAAUGCGGGUCUCGCUCCGGAUCCGCGGGGCUUAGGCUUCCCUCUUCCUUCGCGAAGCCCGCAGCGAAGUUGGGAAAGUUUUGCGCGGCGCGCUCUGGGCGCUCGCUCACUCGAUCGCUCUCUGGUGUCGCCGCCGUCCUUAGCAUCAUGGCGAGCAGGACGGCGGAGAAGGAGGAGGAGGAGAGGGAGGCCCCAUACCGGUUAGGGGACCCUUCCUGCCGCCUUGCCUCGACUCCUUCCCCUUGGAAACGGCUGCUGUGCCUAGCGCUGCUGUGGAGGCUGUGCGCCGCCGAGUUUUCCAUCCUGGACGAGGCGCAAGUGCUGGCCACGCAGAUGAGGAAGCUGGCCGCCGAGGAGCUCGGGGUGGUCACCAUGCAGAGGAUAUUCAACUCCUUUGUGUACACAGAAAAAAUUUCAAAUGGUGAAAGUGAAGUUCAACAGCUAGCAAAAAAAAUUCGGGAAAAGUUUAACCGUUACUUGGAUGUGGUAAAUCGAAACAAGCAUGUAGUUGAAGCAUCAUACACUGCUCAUUUGACAUCACCUUUGACCGCAAUUCAAGACUGCUGCACCAUUCCGCCAUCUAUGAUGGAAUUUGAUGGAAACUUUAACACCAACGUAUCUAGAACGAUUAGCUGCGAUAGACUAUCUACUACUGUGAACAGCAGAGCAUUCAAUCCUGGCCGUGACUUAAACUCUGUUCUUGCUGACAAUCUGAAAUCCAACCCAGGAAUUAAAUGGCAAUAUUUUAGUUCAGAAGAGGGCAUUUUUACCGUGUUUCCAGCCCACAAAUUUCGAUGCAAGGGAAACUAUGAACAUCGCAGCAGGCCUGUCUAUGUCUCUACAGUUAGACCUCAAUCUAAGCACAUAGUUGUCAUUGUGGACCAUGGGGCAUCAGUGACAGAGACACAACUUCAGAUUGCUAAAGAUGCAGCCCAAGUUAUUCUGAAUUCAAUAGAUGAACACGAUAAAAUAUCUGUGUUAACUGUGGCAGACACAGUAAGAACCUGUUCCUUGGACCAGUGCUAUAAGACAUUUCUGUCUCCUGCCACUAGUGAGACGAAAAGGAAAAUGUCCACUUUCGUUAGCAAUAUAAAGUCAUCUGACAGCCCUACUCAGCAUGCAGCAGGAUUUCAAAAAGCAUUUCAGCUGAUAAGAAAUACAAACAAUAGCACUAAACUGCAAGCAAAUACAGAUAUGGUCAUUAUUUAUUUAUCAGCUGGAAUAACAUCAAGGGAUUCAUCAGAGGAUGGUAAAAAGGCUACCCUUCGUGUCAUCAAUGAAGAAAACAGUUUUCUCAACAAUUCUGUCAUGAUCCUUACCUAUGCUCUAAUUAAUGAGGGUGUGACCGUUUUAAAAGAACUCGCCUUUCUCAGAGAUCUGGCAGAACAAAACUCGGCAAAGUAUGGUGUGCCUGACCGGACUGCAUUGCCUGUGAUAAAAGGGAGCAUGAUGGUCCUGAACCAGCUGAGCAAUUUGGAAACUACAGUUGGCCGGUUUUAUACUAAUCUCCCAAAUCACAUGAUUGAUGAAGCAGUCUUCAGUUUGCCUUUUUUGGAUGAAAUGGGAGAUGGUCUGAUAAUGACUGUAAGCAAGCCUUGUUAUUUUGGAAACCUGCUAUUGGGAAUUGUGGGAGUAGAUGUUAACCUGGCUUAUAUUUUGGAAGAUGUUACUUAUUACCAAGAUUCUUUGGCUUCCUACACAUUUCUAAUAGAUAACAAAGGAUACACUCUUAUGCACCCUUCCCUUACCAGACCCUACUUGCUUUCUGAACCACCACUUCACACAGAUGUGAUACAUUAUGAGAAUGUUCCAAAAUUUGAACUGGUUCGACAGAACAUCCUUAGCCUCCCUCUAGGCAGUCAGCUUAUUACAGUCCCAGUGAACUCCUCACUAUCUUGGCAUGUAAACAAACUGCGUGAAAUUGGGAAAGAUGCCUACAACGUGAGUUAUGCCUGGAAAAUGGUUCAAGAUACUUCCUUCAUAUUGUGUAUUGUUGUGAUACAGCCAGAAAUACCUGUUAGACAACUUAAAAACCUCAACACAGUACCCAGUAGCAAGCUGCUGUAUCAUCGACUGGAUCUCUUGGGUCAGCCCAAUGCUUGUCUGCAUUUCAAGCAACUGGCAACCUUAGAGAGCCCUACAGUCAUGUUGUCUGCAGGUAGCUUCUCUUCUCCAUAUGAACAUCUGAGCCAACCUGAGACCAAGAGGAUGGUGGAGCACUAUACAGCAUAUCUUAGUGAUAACACACGUCUCAUUGCCAACCCAGGGCUAAAAUUCUCUGUCAGAAAUGAAGUAAUGGCUACCAGUCACGUCACAGAUGAAUGGAUGACACAAAUGGAAAUGAGUAGCUUGAACAGUUACAUUGUCCGCCGUUACAUAGCAACGCCCAAUGGGGUGCUCAGAAUUUAUCCUGGUUCCCUCAUGGACAAAGCAUUUGAUCCCACUAGGAGACAAUGGUACCUCCACGCAGUGGCAAAUCCAGGAUUAAUUACUUUCACUGGCCCCUAUUUAGAUGUUGGAGGAGCUGGGUAUGUGGUUACCAUCAGUCACACAGUUCAUUCUUCAAGCUCACAAAUGUCUUCUGGCCAUUCUGUCGCUGUGAUGGGAAUUGAUUUUACCUUGAGGUAUUUUUACAAAGUUCUAAUGGACCUCUUGCCAGUUUGCAAUCAAGAUGGAGGCAAUAAAAUAAGAUGUUUUAUUAUGGAAGACAGGGGAUACCUAGUGGCACACCCAACUCUUAUUGAUCCCAAAGGGCAUGCUCCAGUAGAACAGCAACAUAUUACACACAAGGAACCUCUGGUGGCAAAUGAUAUCUUGAACCACCCAAACUUUGUGAAGAAAAACCUUUGUAAUAGCUUCAGUGACAGAACAGUCCAGAGGUUUUACAAAUUUAAUACCAGCCUGACGGGUGAUCUGACAAAUCUUGUGCAUGGCAGCCACUGCUCUAAAUACAGGCUGACAAGAAUACCUGGGACCAAUGCCUUUGUUGGAAUCGUAAAUGAAACUUGUGACUCGCUCGCCUUCUGCGCCUGUAGUAUGGUAGAUAGGCUCUGUCUAAACUGUCACAGAAUGGAACAGAAUGAAUGUGAAUGUCCUUGUGAGUGCCCUCUGGAGGUCAAUGAAUGUACUGGAAAUCUUACAAAUGCAGAAAGCAGAAAUCCCAGUUGUGAAGUCCAUCAGGAACCUAUGACUUUUACAGCUGUUGAUACCAAUUUACAAGAUGCUCUUCCUCAAUGUAUUAAUACACGGUGUAAUCAAAGGAUGGAGAGUGGGGAUUGUUUUGGUGUGUUAGACUGCGAGUGGUGCGUGGUGGACAGCGAUGGAAAGACCCAUCUAGAUAAACCUUAUUGUGCCCCUCAGAAAGAAUGCUUUGGUGGCAUAGUAGGUGCCAAGAGCCCUUAUGUGGAUGACAUGGGAGCCAUUGGAGACGAGGUGAUAGCUUUGAACAUGAUAAAAAGUGCUCCAGUUGGUCCUGUAGCAGGAGGUAUUAUGGGAUGCAUCAUGGUGCUAGUGCUGGCUGUGUAUGCCUACCGUCACCAGAUCCACCGCAGAAGUCAUCAGCACAUGUCCCCACUGGCAGCACAAGAAAUGUCAGUCCGCAUGUCCAACCUGGAGAAUGAUAGGGAUGAGAGGGAUGAUGACAGUCAUGAAGACAGAGGAAUCAUCAGUAACACUCGGUUUAUAGCAGCAGUUAUUGAACGGCAUGCACACAGUCCCGAACGGAGACGCCGUUACUGGGGACGAUCAGGAACAGAAAGCGACCAUGGCUACAGUACUAUGAGUCCUCAGGAAGACAGUGAAAACCCUCCCUGCAACAAUGACCCUUUAUCUGCUGGUGUCGAUGUGGGGAAUCAUGACGAAGAUUUAGACUUGGACACCCCUCCCCAAACUGCUGCCCUCUUGAGCCACAAGUUCCACCACUACAGGUUGCAUCAUCCAGCACUUCAUCACAGUCACCACUUACAGGCUGCUGUCACAGUACAUACUGUAGAUGCCGAGUGCUAAUGACUUCUGACCUUGGCGGGGAGGGGUGAAAGCAGCCAGGAAACACUGAUCCAGGCAACCAAGGGCGGACUUACACCAAGUGUUCUUCUAUCUUGACCAGACAUAGUUGAGAGUAACUUCAUAAACCUAGUUCACAUGAAAACUGGACGAGUUUAAAAGGCAAGGUUGGCUCCGAAGAGGAAGUGUAAUCUACGUGAUGAAUAAACCUGCCAUAACAUUCAAUAAAAUGGAAUACCAGGAAUGCUCAGCCUCUAAACACAGGAAGAAAGGUUUAUACAGUAAACAAAGCCUUUUUAACCGUUGUUAACCGGAGCCAAGGAAAGGUUUUGCUCAGACAGAGAGACGGGGUUGACUGCUUUCCUUAACUGGAAGAACAGUAAUCUUUGCAGCAAGAGACAAAGAAGAUGGAGUAUCCAGAAAUAGUCCUUGCCAUGAGGUUUCCAUUUUGCAGAGUGUUUUGGUUUGGAUUUUUUUUUUACAAAAAAAAACCCUACAUUGCUCUUACAAAUUUCCUGUACGGGACCUGGGGACAGUGGCUCUCAAUAUUUUUAAAUAAAGGAUUAUUUUUGUACUAUUUAUUGAACUCAAAACAUUCGUGAACUCUGAGGGAGAUGAAAAAGAGGGGAUUUUUUUUUUAUGAAAAGCAUUAGGAGUUCUCUGCGAAUAUAGCCUAUGUUUUAUUUGUGUUGGUGAUGCUGUGGUUCUUGUCAGGAGGACUUGUCAUGCCUCUGAGCAAGAUUUUUCACCCCCCACCCCAUGCUAUAAAAGGGAAAAUGAAGAAGUUGUGUGCUGAUUUGUUUACAUGAUUAAAGCUUGGUUUCCAUGGUCAUUUUGUACACUUUGAAGAUGGUUUAUAACACAGUAUUUUUUUAGAUAUAAAUAUAUAUGUAUCUGAAUGUGGAGAGGAGGAAUAUGAACCUCCCAGCACUGAGGAAUUCUGCCUUUCUUUACAGAGUCCAUCUUCUUUGAUCCCUGGCUGGAGGCAAGAGUCACUUUGUGUAAUAAUGCAGUGUUCAAAAAAGCAUUCAUAAUUAGUAGAGGAAGAAUUAUAAUCUAUUUGGUUCCCUUUUCACAUGAUGGUGCAUUUUUGGAAAACAUAGGGAGAUAAAUGGGAUGCUUUGUGAACCAUUGAUCAUUGUGAAAGGUUUAUUUUCAGACACUACUGAUAACUUCUGCCUUCUUUAUCUGGAAUUUAACACUGCUUUAUUGAUUCUUACAGGGAUAAAUAACAUCUCAUUGAUAUCACACAGGCCAUCAUAUUUUAAAUUAGUAUUAAAUCGCAGUGUUUUGAUUAUUGUGAUUAAAAUAUUAUGGAAGCAUUCUUGCACUGUGCAUAUUAUAAAUAUCCAUUUAUAUGUAGGAUUUUUAAAAAAGAUCUCUGGAUGCUGUUUUAAUGAUAGGAUACUUAAUACUUAUUAUGUAAAAAUGGUUCUUAAGCAGUAUGGUAAAGUAAGUAUAUGUGUGCUAUCAGGAUCCCCUUUAUACUAUGUAUAAAAUUACAAUCUCUAGUGGAAUAAAACUGUAUAUAAAGAAUG